UUUUCUGUCAAACUGGCCAAAGGCACGCGAGGUCUAGGCCUCAGCGUCACCGGCGGCGUGGACAGCGCGGGCUCUUGGCCGGGAUUGGUCAGAAUUAAGAGGCUGUUUCCCCACCAACCGGCCUCGUCCUGCGGCCUGCUCAACGUGGGGGACCUCCUGCUGGAGGCCAACGGUGUGCCCCUCACAGGCCUAACAAAUUACGAAGCCUUAGAUGUUUUACGCACGGCCUCCAACCAGGUGGAGCUCAGGGUAUGUCGGCCCCCUCCCGAUGUCCUAAACUGCGUGAGUCCCAUUUCUGAGGUGCCCCCGCCUCCCCCCACACGCCGGGAACCACCGAAUAGUCUGAAUUUGGCGGGGAAUUGUUAUGGGACUACUCCCGAAGACGAGUACUACCACGGGGAAUUCGAGAUAACACUUACGAAAAUCCAAGGUUCGUUGGGAUUCACCCUUAGAAAGGAGGAUGACAGUGCCCUAGGUCACUACGUCAGAGCCUUAGUCAGAGAGCCAGCCCUAACUGAUGGCAGAAUCAAAGCAGGAGACAAGAUCAUCGCAGUAAAUGAGGUAGAGAUAUCACCAAUGAGCCACGAACAAGCCGUACAGUAUCUGCGUCAGUGUGGAGAUAAAGUUAAAUUAAAGCUAUACAGGGACUCAGCGCAAACUCCAGUAGCUACAUUGAGCCCCACAGAGACCACUCCUAGGGCUUCGUUUUCAAGAAAGGCUAACUUGAGGCAAGAAGCUGUGGACAUGCUGAACGAUAUCGCAGUACGAAAACUCCUACCCAGCAACCUCCAAGAACCUCCAGGUCACAGGUCCUCCUCACCCAGAAGACUAAGGCGUCACAACUGUCCCAGUGACGCGUCCCAGGACUCCUCCUCUUCCGGCAUCAAGUACCUCAUUCCAGAGGAACAGUUCCACGAAGGUUUGCUCAAGUGCGCCGCUCAUUUCGAAGAGGACGCCUACAAUUCGUUGUUUAGUAUCGAUAGUGAGGAUAUGGACAGGCCUUCAAGGCCCAGUUCUUUGGAUCUGUACAACCCAAAUCAGACUCCGGUAGCUACUAGGAAGCCGAGGUUCAAUUUUUCGCUGGCUCAUAACGCGUAUGAAUUGAAUAAUUUGGAUCCGGAAGUUUUGGAUGCUCCAAAUUUAGCCUAUAACCUUGGUGUCGAUGAUGGAAGUCAUAUAGAGUUAGAAAAUAAAGCCAGUUUUCCCUCUGAACCUGCCAGCAUGCCUCACAUUCCACUCGAAGGAACCUCAAGUACCUUCAGUUACAAAAACCCUGCCUACCAAUCUGCGCAUCCUCCAUGCGUCGAGACUGAUGCGCGGAGCAGCAGUAGCACUUCCAAAAGCAGCCAAAACACGCAUAAGGAUGAAGAAACGGAUACCAUCAAGAGGAAGAAAGGAAUUUUGAAGAAAGAUACUGAAAGACGGCCUGAAAUGAAGGUGGAUGGUGACAAAAUGACACCAAUGAAGGAAGAUUACGAGAUUCUUGCCAUUGAACUGAAUAGGGGUUGGAACAGCAGGCUUGGCUUUAGUUUGCAAGGCGCUGCGGGAGUGACGUAUGUCAGCGCUGUCCACGCUGACUCUGUGGCUGCCAAAGAUGGACGCAUCAGGCCUGGUGAUAGGAUAAUAAAGGUGAACGAUGAGAGCGUGGAUCACAUGAACACUAACGAGAUCAUCGACUUGCUGCGCAUUGUGCGCGGUCCAGUCUGUAUAGUUGUAAAAAGAAUUAAAUCUAAUCAAGACUGUUCUAAAAGCAAUGCAGAGAAUUGACAAAGUACUUCGUAGUUUGUAGCACGAUGAGAUAUAUUUAAAUAGCUAAAGCUUAGUUUUCCAAAGUCGGACGCUCUAUGCUGAGAGAGAUAAACAUACAGGGUGGCUCAUUAGAGAGAGGAAGUCCAAUAUCGUCGUUGCUGUCGAAGAAAUGAAAAAAUGUUUAU